UCUUGAUUACAUAAAUGAACAUUUAUUUUGAACAAAAAUGAAAAAGCAAAUUGGUCAAUAAUUGUAAACCGGAGAGUAUAAGCCCAAUUGUCAUCAACUUCUAUGCACUUUCUCUCUUUCUCUUCUCAAAUAACAAGAGUACAAGACCUCUUCAAACUUCAAAAUCCUUCACAAUAUUUAUUUUCUCUCCUCCUUCUUCCCUCAUCCUCGAAACCACCAAAAAAACUCCUUAUUUCUCUUACUAAGUUAUUUUCAUUUCUUUGAAUUAAAUAUGAAGAAGCUUUAUAGUAAAGGCACAGUUCAUCCAAUUACUCCUCCACCUUUGGUAUUAUCAGACCAACUUUCUUUGUUACCAGCUACAAUCUUGACACUAUUUUCAGCUUUACCUCAAGAAGAUAGACAAGUCUUGGCUUAUUUAAUUGCUUGUAAUAAUUCCUCCACCAAUUUUUCCAACAAUCUUGGAAACUCUAGUACUCAUAAGAAUAACAACAAUUGCUGUUACUGUUUCAACUGCUACAUGAGUUACUGGAUAAAAUGGGAUUCAUCACCUAAUCGUCAACUUAUUCAUGAGAUUAUAGAUGCUUUUGAAGAUAUGGGGUUGCAGAAGAAAAAAGGAAAGAGCAAGAAACAAAGGAGAAAUAAAAACAAAGGAUCGUCAUAUGGUGGUUCAUGUGAAGUGAAAAAGACUGAAAUUUGUGAGUCUGAUUCUUUGAAGGAAAAUACCUGUAGCUAUGAUAAUGGUUAUAGAGAAGAGGAAUUUGGAGUUGAAAAAGGGUCUGUGAGAACGUUUGUAAGUUUUCUUGGGGAAAGCUUGUGGAGUAUUUGGAAUAUCUGAAAACAAUAACAACAAACUCGGUGAAACCCCACGAAUUAGGUCUCGGACGGGUAGUGUAUACGUUACUCCUACCUUGUGAAGGUAAACAGACUGUUUUAAGGUGAAGCAUAGUCAAGUCACUUUUGAAGAAAUACUUUUAUAAGGUAAUUUUGAGAAUGUUUAGGUUGGUUUUGUUAAUUUUUUACUUCUACUUAUCCCAUAGAAGUUUUGUUUAAUUUUCUUGAUUUUCUUUGUCACUAUGUUUUAUUGUUCUCAUUUUUGGGGUUCUGUAAAAUACACCCUUCAUGACAAUGUAAGAUAUAUGGUCUUUUUUGAAUGUU